AUCAUAAAUGAAUUUGAUGUGCCAUCAUUACUAUAAAUAAACUAAUUAUAAUAAUUAGUCGCUACAAUCACGAAGAGGCAUUUAAAACCACGCGAGUAGUAAUAUUAGAAACGAAAGAAAUACUAUCCAUUUUUAAAAUGAGUUUAAACCCACAGAGAAUCGGAGACAUUUCAUUUCCUCCGUUCUGAAAUAGAGAAAUCAAUACAGUGAUCGACCCAAACAACAACACUGUAAGUGACACUGCUUCAACCUCCGUUACUCUCUCUCUCUUUAAAAUUAAAAACACGCUCAAAUUCAUUACUCUUCGCUUAUCCCAACGCAAUGGACCCAUGGCUCGACGAUCUAACCGAUGACCUCCAAAGUCUAAGUUUCGCCUCCACAACAACAACCACAACUGUCACCGCCGACAUCAAACGCAGUAGUAGCACAAGCUUUGGUUCCGAAACAACCGCCUCAACUUCCGCUCGUCUCUUCCCCGGAUCCCUACCUCACAUCACCAAACCUCACGCUCCUUCUUCCGACCCUCGCUGGUCCGCCAUCCACCGGAUCCAAUCAGAAUCUCCUUCUCGCCGUAUUCUCCCCUCCGACCUUCGAUUCUCCCGCCGUCUCGGCUCCGGCGACAUCAGUUCCGUUUACUUGGCUGAACUCAACGACGACGGUAAACUUCCGGCGAUGUUCGCCGCGAAAGUUAUGGAUAAGAAGGAACUUAUUAGUCGGAGUAAAGAAGGAAGAGCUAAAACGGAGAGAGAAAUCCUUGAAUCGCUUGACCAUCCUUUUUUGCCUACUCUUUAUGCUACAAUUGACGCUGCGAAAUGGCUCUGUUUGUUAACGGAGUUUUGUCCCGGCGGUGACCUUCAUGUUCUCCGACAACGCCAGCCCAACAAACGCUUCCAGGAACCUGCUGUCAGAUUCUACGCUUCAGAGGUGUUGAUGGCACUUGAAUACCUUCACAUGUUGGGAAUAGUAUACCGUGAUCUGAAACCUGAGAAUGUGUUAGUUCGAUCAGAUGGUCAUAUCAUGCUAACAGAUUUUGACCUCUCGUUAAAAUGUGAUGAUGAUUCCACACCAACGGCCCAGAUCAUCUCCAACCAAAACUCUCCACAAGUACCCCCACAUAAAAAUCCCCACAACGAACCCUCUCAAUUCGCCUCCUCUUCUUGCAUAAUACCGAAUUGUAUAGUCCCAGCAGUAUCCUGUUUCAACCCAAAACGCAAGCGAAAGAAGAAGCAAAACCUGCGUACUGGGCCUGAGUUUGUUGUUGCUGAGCCCAUUGAUGUACGGUCCAUGUCAUUUGUGGGGACCCACGAAUACUUAGCUCCUGAAAUCGUGUCAGGGGAGGGACACGGUAGUGCUGUUGAUUGGUGGACCUUAGGAAUAUUUAUAUUCGAAUUAUUCUAUGGCGUGACACCUUUUAGAGGUUUGGAUAAUGAACUAACACUAGCAAAUAUUGUGGCUCGAGCUUUGGAGUUCCCAAAGGAACCAACCGUGCCAGCCACGGCAAAAGAUCUUAUCUCACAGUUGUUGAUUAAAGACCCAACAAGGAGGUUGGGAUCAACAAUGGGAGCUUCUACCAUCAAACACCACCCAUUUUUCCAAGGUGUUAAUUGGGCAUUGUUAAGGUGUACACCUCCACCUUAUGUUCCACCACCUUAUACUACUAAAGAAGUUGUAUCUGAUGAGAGUUGUCCACAAACUCCUGUUGAUUAUUAUUGAUCACAGAUAAUAGGAUGGGGGAAAAGUACAGUUAGCUAGAUAGUUAAGUUCCAACAAAUUUAAUUUUAUUUCUCUCUCUUUUUUUUGUUUAUUUCCUCUACGUUAAAAGUUAAUUUGUUACCAUACUUUUGUCUUUAUAUUUAAGAGACAUGAAUAUAGCAAAAUGUAAUUGUCAUAUGUCACUCAAAGUAUGUUAAUUCAGCAUGAUGACAAAUUAAAUUAACUGGGCGCAUUUGCAGA